CCAGCACCAUUGCUCUCUUCCUGAACUUCUUGUCCUCGCUGGCCUGGUUCUGUGUGGAGCCCUCGUCCGGCUCUGGGUUCGGCCUCUCCAUUCUCUGGGCUCUCCUCUACACGCCCUGCUCCUUUGUCUGCUGGUACAGACCCAUGUACAAAGCUUUCAGGAGCGACAGUUCCUUCAACUUCUUUGUCUUCUUCUUCGUCUUCUUUGCCCAGAACGUGAUGUACGUGUUGCAGGCCAUCGGCAUCCCAAACUGGGGGUUCAGUGGCUGGAUACUGAGCCUGAUCGCGCUGCGGAAGAACACGGCCGUGGCGGUGAUGAUGAUCCUGGUGUCCUUGUCCUUCACAGCGGUGGCUGUGUUGGGCACCAUCAUGCUGAAAAAGAUCCACUCCCUGUACCGCCGGACAGGCGCCAGCUUCCAGAAGGCACAGGAGGAGUUUGCUGCCGGGGUCUUCUCCAACCAGGCUGUGCGCAACGCGGCG